AUGGUAGUAGUUGCAGUUAAUUGCAUUCCUACUUCGAGGGUUUUCUCCCUUUCUUCCCGCCCUUGUUCCUUUGGUAGGAAAGCUUUAAAUUUGCAGCUAAGGCCGUGUCGCCGACGUCGCGAUGGGGGAUUUUGUAACGCGAGUUUAAUAAUGGAUCCUAAAUCUUUCGAAGUUGGAAGGCUUAUUGGAAGCUAUGGUUUCAUGAAUAUUACUAGUUACUCGGGGUUACAGCCAGGGAUGGAUAUGGAAUAUUCUCCAGCGGAUAUAGGGAGAUUAAGAGUUCAAGAUGUUGGAGAGGGCNUGGACGUUAAGCUUUUCAAGAAUUGUCCAUCUGCAGAACCCUAUCCGUAUCCAAUAUUUCACCUUAAUUUAUUCAUUUCGUUAUACAAUCCAUCCAUUCAUUCAAUUGGCGUCUCUGUGGUGUGGGCUAUCAGAAACACAGGAACGAAGAUGGUAGUAGUUGCAGUUAAUUGCAUUCCUACUUCGAGGGUUUUCUCCCUUUCUUCCCGCCCUUGUUCCUUUGGUGGGAAAGCUUUAAAUUUGCAGCUAAGGCCGUGUCGCCGACGUCGCGAUGGGGGAUUUUGUAACGCGAGUUUAAUAAUGGAUCCUAAAUCUUUCGAAGUUGGAAGGCUUAUUGGAAGCUAUGGUUUCAUGAAUAUUACUAGUUACUCGGGGUUACAGCCGGGGAUGGAUAUGGAAUAUUCUCCAGCGGAUAUAGGGAGAUUAAGAGUUCAAGAUGUUGGAGAGGGCAGUGUUAAGAUCAGGCUUUACGAGGGAAGAAUAACUCAGGGUCCACGUCGAGGUACCCCAAUUAUUUUCAAGGUAUAUCCUGGUCAACAAGUUGGUGGUGCUGAAGCGGACAUGAUGGCUGCAAACGAGUUGAAUGCUCACGCUUCCCUUCAAAGCAGUCCAAAAGCUGCCACCUGUCAGAAUAUUCAAAUACUUCUAGGAGGAUUUGAAACCAAGACAGGGGAACAGUGGUUAGCUUUCCGGAAUGAUGGAAAAUAUAGUGCUGCCGACUAUGCAAAGGUAACAAGUGAAAAGAUGUCAAAAUAUCUAGGAGAACAGAAUCUUUGGAAUCCUUUUGAAAAAGAUGUAACUAUAAAGAGGAGAAGCAACUUUGUUCUAAAGCUGCUUCAGGGUGCUUUGAGAGGCCUGGCCUAUAUGCAUGACCACGACAGAUUACACCAAAGUCUUGGACCUGCCUCUGUCAUUCUCAAUACAAUGGUUGAGAACGAUUCGGCUUAUCUAGUUCCACGGCUGCGGGAUCUUGCCUUUUCAGUUGAUAUAAGGUAUUCUCAGCAGGAGGAAAAUUCAAGAUCUCCAUCAGAUGAGCUUUGGAGACGAGCAUCUGCUGCAGGUGCUUUCACCCCUAUGGAGAAAAGAGCUUUUGGAAUAGCAGAUGACAUAUAUGAAGCUGGUCUUCUUUUCGCAUACCUAUCUUUCAUUCCAUUCUGUGAAGCAGGAGUCAUGGACAGUCUUUCGCUGAGAAGGCUUCUGGAGAACACAUUCCGGCUUGAUCUUGAUGCCAUGAGAGAAUACUGUUUGGCUGAUGACCGUUUGCUAGAAGCUGUCAAGUUCUUGGAUUUUGGUGCUGGUGCUGGUUGGGAGUUACUUCAGGCUAUGUUAAAUCGUGACUUUCGGAAGAGGCCAAUUGCAGACGCUGUAUUGAGCCAUCGGUUCAUGGCUGACCGAGUUGUGAAAUUCAAUAAGGUCUAUAACUGCGGCUCGAUCCUCUUUGGCCGUGUUAUUCGCAGCAAAGGAAAGGCAUUGGGGUUGAAACAGACUCGUCGAUUGGCUUCCUGA